CCGAGGUGGUUGACAGCUCAGUGUGGUAGCAAGCUACAUAGCUAAAUACACAUUCUGUCUGAUAACGAUAAAAUAUCCACAUUUUGUGUUCUCGCAAACUCAGCGAGAAUAGCUAGCUAGCUAGUACAGKUGCACUGCAUAAAGCAUAUGCAACAAGGGGGAAAAAACGCUGUCUGAAAACUAGGCCUAGCUAUCGGUCUUGCUAGCUGCCUUUGGUGUACUAACUUGCUAACAUUAGCUCAGUAGCCAGUUCACACGAGGGCAGUAGGGGAACUUGAACUUUAAAAAAAGUUUCUAACUUCCAAAAAGAGUGGUUGCUUCUAACUGCUAACUCAUUCAACAAGUUUGCCAGGUUUUGUAAUCCGGGAAUGGGGGACAUGAAAACCCCAGAUUUCGACGACUUGUUGGCAGCCUUCGACAUUCCAGACAUCGAUGCCAAAGAGGCCAUCCAGUCUGCGCCGGAAGAGGGUGGGGAGGGGUCAGGGAAGGUCGGGGGCAGCGUGUCGGGGGUCGGGGGUCCCUCGCCAAGACCUUCCAGCCCCACUGACUCCCCUCCCAACUCCCAAAGUGAGCCUCCAGUGGUCAGUGUGAUUGUUAAGAACAGGGUGAGGCCUGACUCCUAUGAAGAGACUGAGGGGUCAGAUGAAGAGGAUGGGGACAGCCCUGGGGGCAGUGGGACAGACCCUGAGGUGGAGACUGGGAUGGGAGUCAAGGGGUGCCUGCUGAAUUCACAACUGGCUCCUAGGAUGCCUGGUCUGGUCUCCUCAGAACCUCUCCUCCAGAAUGGGUUUGAGGGGUCCACAGUCACGCUGGAGCCCAGUGUGAGAGGCCAGGGGCUGGGCCAGGCGUUGGGCCAUGCCAACGGGGAGCUCUGGUCAACCUGCUCCCCUCCUACUGCGAGUGAAGGAGGGGGCAGCAUUGGAGGCGCAGGGGGGUCGGCCUGCACAACCAAACAUACAGUUAAUAUUCUCAACAGACGGAAACCUCUCUCCUCUCAUACCUCUGCUGGUCCUAUAACCUCCAUGAAAUGUGUUUUACAGGGUCAGCCAUAG